UGGCCAGCUUGGUUCGCUCUCUUGGCUGGAGAUGUGAGCUUACUUGGCCACUUUCGGGAUGGCAGGGUGGCCCAAAGGGGGAAAGUGAUCACUGAUCACCUGACCACAUCAUUCUGAAGGAGUUCCUGUGUGGGAAUAAAUCUCCACUCAGUGAAUGUGUCACUCGCCGAUUGAGUAUUACUAGCAUCAUGUUUCCGUGAAUCUCGGGUGUUGAAAGUCACCGUCCCUUUUCUAGAUGUUCAGAUAGCUAGGCAUGUCUUUGAUCUAAGUGGGUGGGGUGGGACUGGGACAUCAUGACAGCCUCGGCUAAUGGCGGCUCGGCCUCCGUGGCCAGUGGUAAACAGAGCCACGCCUCGAUUCUACUCACCACUGACGAGAACCGACAAUUAUUCGCCUUAUUGGGCUCACGUUGCAUCUCGUUGUCCACGGCCGUGGUCCAGAUUUACAUGAGCGAAGCACCUGCGCACCACCGAUGGAAUAAGCGAUCUUGCGGUGUGGCGUGUUUCGUCAAGGACAAUGCCUUGCGGUCUUACUUCAUCCGCAUCUAUGAUAUGGAUCGACGCAUGUUGGUUUUUGAUCAGGAAUUGUACAAUCAGUUCCGAUAUAAGACACCACGCAGCUAUUUCCACACGUUCGAGGCCGAUGACUGUCAAGUGGGGCUGAAUUUUGCCGAUGAGAGUGAGGCUCAAUAUUUUCACACUUCGGUUGAAAAUAAGUUGGUGGAGCGACGACAAAGACGAGAGCGAAAGAACGCCCACAAACGCAUGAGUCAUCAGAAUGGACCUCCGGUGAGCAUGGGAAAUUUGGGUCCUCCUCCCCCACCUCCGAGUUCCAUGUCGGCCAUGCCGGCGCCGAACUCGGGUCCGGGUUUGAUAAAUGGCACGUCCUCCAUGGGUGUGACCGUGGCCACUCCCACUUUGGGCCUGGCUAGCACUUCGGUUCAGGCGUCGAACAAGUUCAAGAAGAAGGGCGAACGCCGGAAGCUCAAGAAAGAAGACAUCAGUUUGCCCACCAAUUUCCAGCAUAUCAGUCACGUAGGUUGGGAUCCAAAUCGAGGGUUUGAUUUGGAGAACGUGGAUAAUAAGUUGAAGCAAUUCUUCUCCAAAGCCGGCGUGAGCGAGCUCGAGUUGCAGGACAAGGAGACGCGGGACUUCAUCUAUGAUUUUAUUGACAAACACGGGGGCAUUGAGGCUGCCAUGUUGGAGGUGGAGCGACGUGAUGAAGCCGCGAAUAACCUGGCCAAUCAAGCGCCGCCUCCCGCUCCACCUCCUCGACAGAGUUCCAUGAACCGACCUCCACCGCCCAGCAAGGUUCAAGCCACACCUCCUAAGACAGUCCCGGAACAAGCACCACCUAUGGUGCCCCCGCCCAAUAGGACUACAUCAUUGCGAAAUGCCCCGGCUCCCCCACUCAAUAAAGGUAUGGCACCGUUGCCUCCUCCUCCUCCUCCUUCGCAAUCCCAUUCGAUCAUGGGAACGGCUCCAGCUGCUCCUCCACCCCCUCCUCCGCCACCGCCUCCCCCGCCCCCGGUUCCUCCCCCGCCACCACCUCCCCAAUCCCGCAGUCAACCAGCGCCGAUCGUAGGAUCAGACGGACUCUCACCUCCUUCCCCUCCUUCACUUCCUCCUGUGAACGAAGUGCGCGGCGCUCUGAUGGACGAAAUUCGAAAGGGAGGAGCGGGUUUGAAGAAGGUGACCGAAAAGGAAAAAGUCAAACCGGCGGACACGAGGAACGUGCUUUUGGAUCAGAUCCGGAGUGGCGUAACGCUCAAGAAAGUGGAUAUGGAUUCCAUUGCGAGUGCCAAUUCGUCGUUACCGGAGAGUGCUCCGGGGAUUGCUGGCAUGCUCCAGAAAGCUUUGCAGGAGCGUUCAGGAGCCUUGAGGUUCUCGUCGAGUGAAGAUGAAGAUGAUGUAGACGAGGACGACGAUGAAUGGGACGACUAAUCUUAAAAGAAAUGUCUUUUGUCAUAUGAUAAACCUGCAUUGAGUGAUCGCAAUUCAUAAGAUAUAAGUGUAGCUAGUGUUAGCUUUAAAGAUCUUUAGAAAACCAAUUCAUUGGCUCGAAUCUCGGCAACCAAUCUUUCAAUAAAUUUAGAUUUACUAA